UAGAACAAGCCAUGAGUGAUCUCUAUUGUAGCCAUUCUCAUGAGUCAUGACAAUGCAUUGCUGAUUUGGGUUGUUCCUCUGGAGCAAACGCUUUCUUGGUGGUAUCAGAGCUUGUUAAAAUCAUCGAAAAAGAACGAAAAAAAACAUGAAUUUCAAUCACCAGAGUUUCAUUUUCUCUUCAAUGAUCUUCCUAGCAAUGAUUUUAACACCAUUUUUCAGUCAUUGGGAAAAUUUGAACAUGAUUUGAGAAAUAAAAUUGGAGAAAGAUUUGGUCCAUGUGUUUUUAGUGGAGUAUCUGGUUCAUUUUAUACUAGACUUUUUCCUUCAAAGAGUUUGCAUUUUGUUCACUCCUCUUAUAGUCUUCAUUGGCUAUCUCAGGUUCCUGAUUUAAUUGAAAAGAACAAGGGAAAUAUUUACAUGUCAAGUGCAAGUCCACUAAGUGUUAUGAAAGCAUAUUACAAGCAAUAUGAAAGUGAUUUUUCAAAUUUUCUCAAAUAUCGUUCAGAGGAAUUGAUGAAAGGUGGAAAAAUGGUAUUAACAUUUUUAGGAAGAGAAAGUGAAGAUCCUUCUAGCAAAGAAUGUUGUUAUAUUUGGGAGCUUCUAUCUAUGGCCCUUAAUGAAUUGGUUGUUGAGGGAUUGAUAGAAGAAGAGAAAGUGGAUUCAUUUAACACCCCUCAAUAUACACCAUCACCAGCAGAAGUGAAGUACAUAGUUGAUAAAGAAGGUUCAUUCACUAUUAAUAGAUUGGAAACUACAAGAGUCCAUUGGAAUAAUGCUUCUAAUAAUAAUGAGAAUAUUAAUAAUGGUGGUUACAAUGUGUCAAGGUGUAUGAGAGCUGUGGCUGAGCCUUUGCUUGUGAGCCAAUUUAGUCCAAAAUUGAUGGAUUUAGUCUUUCAAAAAUACGAAGAGAUUGUUUCCGAGUGCAUGGCUAAAGAGAAAACCGAGUUUAUAAAUGUCACUGUCUCCUUGACCAGAAAAAACUAAGGGCACUUAUUUUCGAAAACGAAGUUAGAGCGAGUUCAGUUGAUUUAUCAAUUUAAGUAACAUAUAUAUGUAUUAUAAAGUGCUAAUUAAUUUAUGUUGUCUUGUGGAGUAGUGAUGUUUUCAUAUUUGUCUCUCUAAAAGUUAUGUACCAAAGAGAAUAUCUCAUGUCUUUGUUAUU